AUGGUCGUCCCUCCCGUUGCCGUGCUCCUUGUUUCUUGCAUCUGUUUCCCUUCGUCUCUUGCUGCGUUGUAUACUGAGCCCCGUCAGCUACCGAGGCAUACCUACGACUAUGUCAUCGUUGGAGCUGGAAAUGCCGGAAAUGUAAUUGCAAGUCGACUUUCUGAAGAUCCUAGAACUUCUAUCCUUGUCCUCGAAGCAGGUGUAAGGGCGUCAUGGCGGGCGUGGUUCCUCUCUUGGUACCAACACUCACGCCCAAUAUGUGAUCAAACUGCCUGCCCGCCUUUUGGAAACGAGACUGAACAUCUGUUAGAUACUCCUUACGACUGGAAUUAUACUGUUACACCUCAGAAAGGGCUCAACGGGCGCACUUUUCCGUACAAUCGCGGGAAGAUUCUGGGAGGGAGCAGCAGCGUUAACUACAUGGUCCACCAAUACGGUUCCUCUGAAGACUAUGACAAGAUUGCUGAGAUUACUGGUGAUGCCGGAUGGAACUGGGACAACGUUAAGCGAAAUAUCGGCAAGCAUGAAAAAAUAGUACCGCCAGCUGAUGGCCAUGACACCACCGGACAGUAUAUACCAGCCAACCAUGGGACCAAUGGGAUGUUAUCAGUCAGCCUCCCUGGCAGCUCCCAGCUGAUUGAUUCUCGGGUAAUUGCAACGACCAGAGAAUUGUCGGAAGAGUUUCCCUUCAAUGAAGACAUGGGGGCGGGGAUUUCUGCAACAACCUACCUCGCGGCCGCCAUCAAUCGACCCAAUGUUCACGUUCUCCUAAACGCUCAUGUAACAAAGCUAUUGCGUACGGGAACCAUUCAAGGUGUACCGUCAUUCCGUUCCGUAGAGUUUGCCGGCAAGCCGGGCGCUCCAUCCAUCAUCGUGACAGCGAGAAGAGAGAUCGUCCUCUCAGCUGGCUCUAUCGGUACACCUCAGAUUCUUCUCCUCUCUGGGAUUGGUGCGAGAGACGAGCUAGAGGCUCUCGGAAUUCCCGUCGUAGUCGAGAACCCGUCCGUAGGAAAGAACCUCUCUGAUCACGUUCUCGUUCCCAACAUCUUUCGUGUGAAGGAUGGUGAGAGCUUAGACGCGCUUUUCCGGGAUCCCGCUUUGUUCAAGGCGGCUUUGGACGAAUGGAUGGAAACUAAACGGGGAGUCCUUGCUAGCAGCAUGCUGAAUCACAUGGGAUAUUUUAGGCUUCCAUCGACGUCGAGCAUCUUUUCCACCAUAUCUGAUCCCGCCUCGGGACCUAAAGCAUCACAUUGGGAACUUAUAGUCACUAAUUUCUACAUCAAUCCCAAGCCUGGCCACAUACCUCCUGAAACCGGUAGCUACCUUGGCCUUGUGUCAGCCCUCAUUUCGCCGACAUCUCGCGGUUCCGUGACUCUCGCCUCAGCUGACCCCUUUGCUCAUCCCUUGAUCGAUCCCAACUACCUCACAACUCCUUUUGACAUAUUUGCGAUGCGGGAAACCGUCAGAGCCGUAAAACGUUUUGCUGCUGCGGAAGCUUGGAAAGAUUACAUCAUAGCACCCUUUGGCAAUUUCUCCUCGGACGUGGACGCUGAUCUUGAUGCCUACAUUCGUGACCAGGCGAGCACGGUCUACCAUAUGGUCGGCACAGCCAGCAUGUCUCCUCGUGGCGCGGAAUGGGGUGUCGUUGACCCAGAUUUAAAAGUAAAAGGCGCUGAAGGGAUACGGAUCGUGGAUGCUUCUGUCCUGCCCUUUCCACCGAAUGCACAUACACAAGGUCCGGUAUAG